AUGGCUUCCAGGGCAGCCCGGUUGGCGGAGCUGCGCGCUCUGAGAGCAGCAGGCAAGACGCGCAUGUCCACGUACGAGGUCAAAGAAGCGGACGAAAUAUACGAUGAAGUGGACGACGAAGGGUACAAAAAGGUAGUUCGAAGGCGUCUCGACGAGGAUGACUUUGUUGUGGACGACAAUGGCGCGGGAUACGCGGAUGAUGGCCGCGAAGAGUGGGAUACAGAGCGCCAACAAGCCUAUGGCAGCGAAAGCGAAGAGGAUGCUCCUUUACGCGGAAAACCAGCAAAGCGCAAGCGCGAAGACGACCAAGAAAAGAAGGACAAGAUUAAGAACGGCAUCAGCAAGUACUUCAACAACAAUCCCACAGUAGCACCGCCGAAGCAGAAGGCAAGUGCCGCAUGGAAGAAGUCGCCCGUCACCACCGCGGAAGAUGCUGCAUUUAUGGCAGACCUCCUUGGCGAAGUCGAUACGAACAUACCGAGCCGCCCACGCAUGAGAGCUGUCAAGACCCAGUCUCGCCGCAAAACACGCGUCCUCUCCCCACCUAUCGUCGAGACGCGAACAACUGCACCGAGAGGGCAUGGUCCAUCGAAUGACGCGUACAUGGUGGACAAUCCCCCAGCGGAGACGGCGUCAAUCGACGAUGAUGCUUUCAUGGCCCCGGGAGACGAUGACAUCCUCAUGAGUGAUGCCCCACUGCCAUCUUCACCAGUGACAAAGGCCGUUGAGAGAAAAUCCCAAAUGCCUGUCAAGAUUGAGGAGGAAGACGAGGAAGACUUGCUGGAAGUGGCACAAGCUGUUGGUCAUUCUGGUAUCCAGUCCACUAGUGUCAACAUGGCAGGAAGUAGACCCGCACCAAAGAUCCUGAAGACACAGUACCCGACUCCAGACAGCUCUUCCCCUACACUCGCACCUGCGGAUACAGUGGACGCCUCGAUCUGGAACAACGUCACGAGCAAACUCAAUGUCAUCAGCAGUCCCGUGCCUGAAGUAAGCACCGUGACUUUGGGGAAGCUGAGGCCACAAAACGCGCUCGAAGAGGACGGCAGCCUUCGCAUGUUUUGGAUAGACUAUACCGAAGUCAAUGGCAGUCUCUGUCUAUUCGGCAAGGUCAGGGACAAAGUUACUGGCACUUUCGUCAGUUGCUUCGUGAAGAUCGACAACAUUCUCCGAAAACUCUUCUUCCUACCACGGGAAUACCGCCAGAAGCACGGCAGAGAUACUUCGGAAGAGGUGGGGAUGACCGAUGUCUACGAGGAGGUGGAUGGACUGAUGUCCAAGCUUGGAGUCGGAAUGCACAAGAUCAAGCCUUGCUCUAGGAAAUAUGCAUUCGAGCUUCCAGAUGUUCCUAAGGAAGCGGACUACCUCAAGCUGUUGUAUCCGUACAACAAGCCUCCUUUGCCCGCGGAUUUCAAGGGCGAGACUUUCUCGCAUGUCUUCGGCUGCAAUACUGCGCUUUUUGAGCAGUUCGUUCUGUGGAAGAAUAUCAUGGGUCCCUGCUGGCUCGAGAUCCAAGAGGCCGAUUUUCAAGCCGUCAACAACGCCUCGUGGUGUAAGCUUGAGCUCCAAGUUAACAAGCCAAACCUAAUUACCACUCUUGGUGACUCAGACAAUCUGGAAGCACCACCGCUGACGUUGAUGAGUAUCGCACUGAGAACUAAGUUCAACGCAAAGGAGAACAAGCAAGAGAUAUUGAUGGCUAGCGCGAGAGUCUACGAAAACAUCUCCUUGACAGAAACCACUCCACCGGAGAAGCUGCCCUGCAAAGCAUUUACUGUGAUGCGUCCCAUCGGUGACGCGUGGCCAACAGGGUUCAAAAUGGAAGUCAACAAGCACAAAGGCCUCGUAAAGUUGGAGAGGAACGAACAAGGCCUCCUUAGCAUGUUUAUGGCUAUUUUGCACAAGAUGGAUCCGGAUGUUUUGAUUGGACACCGCCUCGACGACGUAGACUUCAGUAUUCUCCUCAGCCGUAUGCGCGAAAGGAAGACCCCCGGCUGGCAUAGGAUUGGACGCCUCAAGAGGAGCGAAUGGCCUAGGAAUAUGGGCAAAGGAGGUGGGAACUUCUUCGCAGAAAGGCACCUCGCCGCUGGCCGGUUGCACUGUGAUCUUGCUAAUGACCUUGGCAAGUCACUCAUGACCAAAUGUCAAUCGUACAGUCUCAAUGAGAUGUGCGAGCUCGUUCUCGGCGACGGCAACAUACGACGCGAUAUUGAUAACGAGGCCGCACUGAAGUCCUGGGCGACGACCCGCGAAGGCUUGAUGAAUUAUCUAAGACAUUGCGAAGCCGACACCUACUUUAUCGCGGCCAUCGCGCUCAAAGUGCAGAUGCUACCUUUGACUAAGGUCCUCACUAAUCUCGCUGGCAAUUCAUGGGCACGAACUUUGAGCGGCACAAGAGCUGAGCGCAACGAGUACAUUCUGCUUCACGAAUUUUACCACAACAAGUAUAUUUGCCCCGACAAGGCUUUCGGCAAGGGCAAGCAAAAAGUCGAGGAAGAGACCCCUGAGGGUGAGGAGGGUGCAGACGCCAAAAAGAAAGAUAAGUAUAAGGGCGGUCUCGUCUUCGAGCCGGAGAAGGGCUUGUAUGAUAAGUUCAUUCUGGUCAUGGACUUCAACAGUCUGUACCCCAGUAUUAUCCAGGAGUACAACAUUUGUUUCACUACCGUUGAUCGGACAGACAGCACCGAGGACGACGAAAAGGUUCCUGAGGUCCCAGACGCAGGCCAGUCUCAGGGCAUCCUUCCAAAACUCAUCGCCACGCUUGUUAACAGGAGACGAGAAGUCAAGAAGUUGAUGAAAGACAAAACCGCCACCCCAGAUCAGCUCGCCACCUGGGAUAUCAAACAACUGGCCCUCAAGCUGACUGCCAACUCGAUGUACGGGUGCCUCGGCUACACCAAGUCUCGGUUCUACGCUCGUCCGCUGGCCAUGCUUACAACCUACAAAGGCCGUGAGAUUCUCCGGAGUACCAAGGAUCUGGCCGAGAGCAAGCAGCUGCGUGUUAUUUAUGGCGACACCGACUCGGUAAUGAUCAACACGAACAUGGACAACAUGCAGGACGCGCUGAAGCUCGGGAGUGAGUUCAAGCGCGACGUCAAUGACCGCUACCGGCUCCUGGAAAUCGACGUCGACAAUGUCUUCCGCCGCAUCCUCCUGCACGCUAAGAAGAAGUAUGCCGCGAUCAACAUGGUUGAGAUCGACGGCAAGUACGUUGAGAAGCUCGAAGUUAAGGGUCUUGACAUGAGGAGGAGAGAGUACUGCGCGCUUUCGAAGGAGACAUCAUCGAAGCUGCUUGGCUUUCUGCUUUCUGGAGACGACCCGGAAGCAGUGGUCGAGAAGAUCCACGACUACCUACGUGAGCUGGCCGCGAAGAUGCGGGAUUUCCAGAUUCCGCUACAGAAGUACACCAUCUUCACUCAGCUUGGCAAAGACCCUAAGGAGUAUCCGAACGCCAACAGCAUGCCUUCUGUCCAGGUCGCGCUCCGGCAGAUGGCCAGAGGCAAGCAUGUCAAGGCCAAAGACGUCAUGUCCUUCAUCAUUACGGGCGAGAGUGGUGGAUCCGCUGAAACCGCUGCCAAGAAUGCCUUUACUCUCGAGGAGGUACUGAAGCCCGAGUCUGGACUCAAGCCAGACAUCGAUUACUACCUUCAUAAGCAAAUCCUUCCUCCCGUCGAACGUCUCUGCGCGCCCAUCUCCCAGACCAACAUCACCCAACUCGCCUCCUGCCUCGGCCUCGACACCUCCAAAUAUCGCAUCUCCAGUUCAUCUGCCAACAGCUCAUCCGAAGCAGAGAUCCACCCCCUAGAAUCCCAGAUUCCGGACGAGAUCCGCUUCAAGGACACCGCGCCCCUCUCUCUGCGCUGCCGCCGCUGCACUCACCGCUUUUCCUUCAGAGGCCUACCAGUGACGUCCCGCAUGGUCUCCAACGAGGGUCUCGUGUGCCCCAAAGAGGGCUGCGGUAAGCCGCUGGGCAACCUGAGCGUCGCGGCCCAGUUGGAGGCGCAGAUACGACAACACCAGGCCCGGUAUUACUCCGCUUACCUUGUGUGCGAUGAUCCGGCUUGUGGUAACCGGACGCGGCAGAUGUCCGUUUACGGCCACCGCUGUCUGGGGCGUAAGGGCCUUGGGACGGGCUGUCUGGGGAAGAUGAGCUUUGAGUACGGAGAUAAGGCGCUGUAUAACCAGCUCCUGUACUUGCAGGGUUUGUUCGAUGUUGAUCGGGCGAAGGAGAAGGUGAAGGAGAGUGGGAAGGGAGAAGAGGGUGAGAAAGUGGAGGUACUGGCGGAGUUAAACAGGGAGAGGUUCGGGACGCUUAUGGGGGUGGUCAAAGGGUAUUUGGAUAGGAACGGGAGGCAGUGGGUCUCGAUGGAUAAUAUAUUCAGCUUUGCGCUGAAGGCGGUGUGA